AUGACAAUAAUAAAAUCUAUGCACAAUGCUUAUCAAAAGGAAAUCUCAUUACUAAUUAUUAAUCACAUCACGGAUAACAUUCCAUUUAUAUCUUUUGACGAUACAAACCUAAACAUUCCAGAAAAUAUCACAUUAGCAGAUCCAACAUUUAAUAGUUCAUCUCAGAUAGAUUUACUAAUCGGAGCGAGCAUGUUCUGGGAACUCCUCUGCGUAGGACAAAUACGCAUUGGUGCAGACAAGCCUAUAUUACAAAAAUCCAAAUUUGGAUGGUUAUUUUCUGGUCCAAUACAACUAAAUUUAAAUAACGCUACAGUUCAAUGUAAUUUAUCGACAAUCGGUUUAGAGCGGCAACUAGAAAAAUUCUGGAAAAUCGAAGAAUUUAUAGAUCAUCGUGAGUUAUCGCUAGAAGAAAACCAAUGCGAACAAGUAUUUAUCGAAAAGACAAAACUCGAUGAAUCAGGUCGGUUUAUCAUUGAAUUACCAACUCGCGAAUCAUUUGUUGAUUUCGGUAAUACUAGAGACAGCGCGAAGAAACAUUUUCUAGCAUUAGAAAAAAGAUUAGGCUAUAACGCUGAUUUAAAGCAGCAAUACACGGAAUUUAUGCGCGAAUAUCAAGCGUUUGGUCACAUGACUAAAAUAACAGACAAUGAUAUGCCUUCCGUUGCAGAACUCGACGAAAAUAAACAUUCGGUAUAUUAUUUACCACAUCAUAGCGUACUCAAAGAAGCGAGCUUGACCACAAAAUUAAGAGUGGUUUUCGACGCGUCUGCAAAAUCGGAGACGGGUUUAUCUCUCAAUUAUAAUCUAUUAACGGGCCCAACAAUUUAG